CUGGCUUGUGUGAAGCUUCUUUUAUACAAUGAACGUUUUAAAAGUGACGGUCAUCAUUCAUAUUGUUUCAUUUGUUUUUGGUGUAAAUGAAUUUCACAGCUGGAAAUCUGAAUCUGGACUGGAAAAGCCCAACUUGCUCUGUACGAAUUCCUGUCUCCCCCGAGAGGCUGACGAUUACGACCGAUGCUGCGCCUGCGAGGGAAAACCUAUCUGGCAGCUCGAUCCAAGUAUUAGUUAUCUGCCCUUGUUUGUAGAGUACGUGAAUACGUUUGGAAGAUCGAAUAUCGUUGGAAAUGACUCUUCUUCCUUUUAUUGGCUGGUCCAUGAAAAUGAAAGAAUGGGCAGGCUACCAGACAACUUGUGUGAAUUUAACAACACACUGGUCACUCUGAAGCUCAAAGGAAACAGAAUACAAAGUAUUGAAGGAAUUAACUGUUUGAAUGUUCUGGACAUUUUAGAUUUAAGUGAAAAUCCCAUUUCAUCUAUAACAAAUGAAACUUUCUCUGGUAUGCCUAACUUGCGUGUUCUUCUUCUAGUCAAUACGAACAUAAAGACUGUAGGACCAAACACUUUCAUGAAGGCUGGUACAGAAAUUUUUUUCACGGAUUUAUCAAACAAUAAUUUCGAAUCUUAUGACGUAUCCAAUGUUUAUUUUAAGCGUAGGGCCUUCUGUAACAUUACAAUGGCUAGCUGUAAUAUAACCUUUGCAAAAGCAGAAGGUAUCUUACAACCAGGGGUGCAAUAUGGUGGCGGUGAGGUGGUUCUAAACAACUCUACCCUGAAUCAACACCCCUUCCAGCUACUGUUCGGAUCUAGCAUCGAGUCGCUUCGAAAUAUAAACCAGUACGAACUAAUUGGCAAAAUGACGUAUGAGAAACUUGACAUCCCUUGCGAUUGUAAUUUUGGAGCGCUAUUGUUCGGAGAUAUCGAGGUGUUUAAAAGAUUUUAUUACUUACCAAUUGACGGUCUGUAUACUUGUUCAUCACCUGAGCAUCUGAAGAAUUUAAAUGUUUUAAAUGUAUUUAAUGAUUCGUCGUUGUUAGACAUGUUUGUAUGUCACAAACAAAAUUUUUGUCCGUCUGUCUGUACGUGUAUAGAGCAACCUAGUAGAUAUCGGAUGAUCGUGGACUGUUCGAAUCAAAAUCUUACAAGUCUUCCAACGUAUCUUCCUGAAACUAUUUACAACAUAGAACUGAACUGCAGCAACAACGCGAUUACAGAAGUAAUGCCAGUUAACUAUCUCAGGAAACUCAGUGUCUUAGACUUAUCCGGGAACCAGGUCACGGAGAUAUCUGACACAGUUCUUUCCAGGCUAGGAAAUCUGGAAAGCCUAUACCUCACGGACCACGGUCUACCAAAGCUCACGCGAGGAUUUGCAGACAUUGAUGCUAGUAAGGUCUGGUUUGGACGAAACAGUGUGUCAUGUACGUGUCAGGAAAAAUGGAUCAAAGCAUGGAGAUUAGGGUCAAAGGUCAAUAGUUCAAAUCCUCUACUGUGUCGAACAGAUUCACAUGGUAUUCUUCGUGCUGAGAUAACGUUUGACAAUUGUAUAGAAAAAGAAUUCGACAGAACUUUUUUCACUCUGCUUCUUAUUCCUGCUACAGCUUUAGUCGCCAUAUUUAUAGCCAGAGUAUUAAGGUUUGAUGCCAUCAUGCUAAAAAGUCUUUUCACAAAAAGUAAAAACGUACAUUAUUCCUAUGAUGUUUAUGUUCUUUUUGACGAUACAAAUUCAGAUAUUAUUAAGUACGUGCUUGAGAUCUUUAGAUAUCUUCAACACAAUGGGUUCGAGUGUUUUGUUCCACCAAUUCAUGGAGACUACGCGGAUGUUCGGGAUGUGCAACUUUGAGAAUAUGAAGAAAAGCCGCUCAGUAUUAGUGAUCUUGUCAAAGCCCAAAGAUGGUGACGACAUAAAUGAAGUGCUUUUUGGUAUGAAACACGCAUGGUCUCUCUUCUCCAGCAAAGAAAUUGAAAAUAUUAUUGCAGUUGUCUUUGAAGGAAGACUUGCAUACCAGAAGAAACGCUUUCCGUUUUUAGGCGCUUUAAACCGAUUUAAUCGUGUUUUCAAAGUUACAAGCCGGAAGUACAGGGUCCAUCAAAAACUUACAGAGGUACUUCCGGUACCCCGCCGUAUUUAAUUAAGCAGACAAUAUAUAUUUUUUAAAAUCUUUUUUAAAAAAUCAUUUUUAAGGGUUCAUUAAAUUGCUUAUGCUAUAAUGAUGAUAUGUUAAUAAAGAAACCAUUUA